CUGCUUUAUAUGUUAGAAUUAGAAUAGAUAAUAAGCAAUAACUGGACAACACAUGACUCAACUCUCUUAUCGCUUAGGACAACAAAUUUGUUGAUUUUGAAGGACAAACUAAUGAAUUUUCACUAUAAUUCACUUCAUAACCGGUUUCUAUUUAAAAUUAUAAUUCUCAAAUAAGAAGAAGAGCUUCGUUCACUUUCCCUCGAAUUCCCCUCCUAUGACUAACCUUCAAUCUCUUCUCUUUACCUCCAAACUCCCAAACAUACUCAAAUUCCAGUUUUAAUACUUAGUAAUGAUUAAUGGGUCCUUGAUCCGGUUUUUAGCUGCUCACACCCGACCUGGCCUGAUUCCUUUUUUAAGAUUUUCAUUCAUGAUGGUGUGCACUUGUGCUGCCUUUAUUGAAGAGGGAGAGACAGUAAAAAUACAAAAAGAAAAUGGCGUUAACAAUGGAAUCAAAUCACAAGUUUGACUGGACUGAGAUCGUGAGAACAUGAGUGCGACAGAAAUCGCACACCCACCUUCGUUAGCUGAAUGUGAAAGCAAAGACUCCAAAAAGCCAAAACAAAGCUGCGUUCUCUGUUCUUUUUACCCCUCUUUUGUCCUCUUGCUUUUUCUGUUGCUCUGAGACAUUCUCUAGUCUGGUCUGUGGGAAGUACUAAUCCAUUCAUGUGAGAUUGCCCAAGUACGAUCUUUCACCCCUCCUGACUCAAUCUCAGGCUCACCAACGUCCUGUCUCGCCCCAUCAUAUAGACCUUUCCUGGUCGUCUUCGCCGUACCCUUUGAUCAACUGCACGUACUUCCCUCAACAACAUACAUUUCAUAUCAUGAACAGCCGCCACUGCUGUUAUGUUGUUUGGUUAUAAUCUUCAAUUCCUCCACGUAAUUCAUGCCGCCCCCUUGGAUCAAUUCUUGAAUUUUCUUCUUCAAACGUUUUCUGUGAUGGGGGUUCUUUACUCCUUUUUAUUCUUUACCAUCACUGAUGAAAGUUGUUGUUUUUUUGCUUUCUGGGUUACUACUUGACAGGUUGAUUUCCUUGUAAAUAUCUUGAAAUUUCCCAAGAAAGAUGAAGAUUUUGACUGUGGAGGUGAUACUAGAUGUGCUGCUGCUGCUGUUUCUGAAAUGUAGCUUUGCAGUGGGAGAUGAACAGGUGAUGAAGCUGUUGAACUUCAUGAAGUCGUCAGUUGAGAAUGAUCCAAACGGGUUCCUGAAAGACUGGGGUUCUUCUUCUUCAAGCCCCUGCAAGUGGAAUGGCGUGGUUUGCUUUCCUGCCCAUGAAGGUCAAGUCACAGACCUCAAUCUUCAAAAUGCAAACCUCCAUGGCUUUCUCCACAUCUACCAUCUCAUGGCUCUCCCUUCUCUCCGGAAUCUUCGGUUGAGUGGCAACCGUUUCUACGGAAAUCUUUCAUUCCCCACAGAUUCUUCUUCUUGCAGCAGUAGCUUUGAGUCUCUUGAUCUAUCAUCUAACAACUUCUCAGACUCUCUGGAUUUAGGUCCCUUGUUGUCUGCCUGCAAUCGCCUCUCAUAUCUGAACCUUUCCCAGAACUCGAUCCCUCAUCUGGUGCUCAAGCCAUCUCCCUCGGUUCUCCAGGUUGAUGCCUCCAAGAACAAGAUUUCGAAUUUAGACCUUCUAGAUUACUCUCUGUCCGACUGCCAGAACUUGAGCCUGCUCAAUUUGUCUGAAAACAAGCUGAGUGGUAAUCUGAUGAAAAGCUCCCUUUUUUCUUGCAACAACCUAGGACUUCUUGAUCUGUCGCACAACAAUGUCUCAGGAGAUUUCAAUGAUGUCGAAUUCGGGGCUUGUGGCAAUCUGGCUGUACUAGACUUGUCAUUCAACAGCCUCUCAGGUUCUGAUUUCCCCGCCAGUCUGGGGAAUUGCCAGAAUCUGGAGAAACUCCUUAUCGGGCAUAACUUGAUUCAACUGAAGAUUCCAGGGGGGUUGUUAUCAAAGCUGAAGCGUUUGAGAAAUUUGGGAUUGGCCCAUAACAGUUUUUCCGGGGAGAUUCCGUCGGAGCUGGGGGGAAUUUGUACCACUCUCGAGGAUCUUGAUCUUUCCGGGAACCAGUUAUCCGGUGAGCUUCCGUCCACGUUCAGAGCGUGCUCCUCCACGCUCACCUCUCUCAACCUUAGCAGUAAUCAUCUCUCCGGCGACUUCUUGAGCAGCGUCGUUAGCCGGCUUGGGAAUCUCAGACGCCUCUCGGUUUCUUUCAAUAACUUGACCGGUCCGGUUCCGAAGUCUUUGGAAAACUGUCCCCACCUCGAGGUGCUCGAUCUUAGCUCGAACCGGUUCGACGGCGGCGUGCCGUCCUGGUUAUGCUCACCGGUUUCUGCCCUGCAGACGAUGACGCUGGCAAACAACCAACUUUCCGGGUCAGUCCCACCGCAACUCGGGUUCUGUAAGAACCUAAUGAAAAUCGAUUUCAGCUUCAACCGCCUGAGCGGUUCGAUCCCGUUGGAAAUCUGGAACCUUCCGAAUCUGUCGGAUCUGAUCAUGUGGGCGAACUCCAUCACCGGUGAGAUUCCUGAAGGCAUUUGCAGCUCCAGAUAUGGAGGAGGAGGGAAACUCGAAACCCUAAUCCUCAACCACAAUUUCAUCUCCGGACCGAUCCCGAAGUCAAUUUCGAAGUGCACCCAGCUGGUUUGGGUUUCUCUGUCAAGCAACCGGCUGACGGGCGAGAUUCCCCCGCAAAUCGGCGAGCUCUCGAAGCUCGCGAUACUCCAGCUCGGGAAUAACUCUCUGUCGGGCGCGGUUCCUCCUGGGCUAGGCAGGUGUAAGAACCUGAUAUGGCUGGAUUUGAAUAGCAAUGACUUAACGGGUCCGGUUCCUGCCGAACUUGCCGAUCAGGCCGGGCUUAUCGUCCCCGGCGGUGUGUCGGGAAAGCAUUUCGCUUUCGUGAGGAACGAGGGUGGGCCUGUGUGCAGAGGCGCAGGUGGUCUGGUUUACUUCGACGGAAUCCGGGAAGAGAUUCUAGAAAACUUCCCCGUCUUCCAUUCCUGCCCGUCGAUUAGGGUUUACUCUGGCACCACAAUCUACACAUUUUCCAGCAAUGGGAGCAUGAUUUACCUCGACCUCUCCUACAAUACGCUGUCUGGAACCAUUCCUCCCAGCUUUGGUUCAAUGAGUUAUCUGCAGGUGUUAAAUUUGGGCCACAAUGAUUUAACCGGAACCAUUCCUUUCAGCUUCGGCGGUCUUAAGAGAACUGGCGUGCUUGACGUCUCUCACAACCGUCUUCACGGCCGAAUCCCAGGGUCACUCGGAGCGCUCUCAUUUCUCAAUGAUCUCGAUCUUUCCAACAACAACCUCUCCGGGGAGAUUCCUUCCAGCGGGCAGCUGAUCACAUUCCCUGCUGCUCGAUACGAAAACAACUCUGACCUAUGUGGUUUACCCUUACGCCCCUGUGGUGCAUCUGAUUCAUCGUCAAGUGCACAAUACAACCAGCAACAAGAUAGGAAGAAGCGGGCAACCACUAUAUGGAUGGUCGCCGGGUUUACAGCAUCUUUUAUUGCAUUGUGUGGACUACUCGUUGCACUCUUGAGAGUGAGGAAAGGUCAGGAGAAGAAGGCAGAAGAGAGGAGGGAUAAGUACAUUGAGACCCUUUCGACUUCAGGAAGCAGUACUUGGAAGCUCUGCAGCGUACCUGAGCCACUCAGCAUUAAUGUGGCCACCUUUGAGAAACCUUUGAGGAAAUUGACCUUUGCACAUCUUCUGGAAGCGACCAACGGGUUUAGCACAUCGUCAUUGAUUGGUUCAGGUGGGUUCGGGGAGGUCUACAAGGCGCAUUUGAAGGAUGGUUCAGUCGUGGCGAUCAAGAAGCUCAUCCACGUGACUGGCCAAGGUGACCGCGAGUUCAUGGCAGAAAUGGAAACGAUCGGGAAAAUUAAACACCGAAACCUCGUACCGCUCUUGGGGUAUUGCAAGAUCGGAGAGGAGAGGCUUCUUGUAUAUGAGUACAUGAAAUGGGGGAGCUUAGAAGACGUUCUUCAUGAGACUCGAGACAAAGCGUGGCUCAACUGGGCAGCCCGGAAGAAGAUCGCAGUCGGAUCUGCUAGAGGGCUAGCAUUUCUUCACCAUAGCUGUCUCCCGCAUAUAAUUCACCGUGAUAUGAAAUCUAGCAACGUCCUCCUGGAUGAAAACUUGGAGGCCCGGGUGUCAGAUUUCGGAAUGGCCCGCUUGGUGAACGCGCUGGAUACUCAUCUUAGUGUGAGCACACUUGCGGGCACACCCGGAUACGUCCCACCAGAAUAUUACCACAGUUUUCGGUGUACAACUAAAGGUGAUGUCUAUAGCUAUGGUGUCAUACUUCUUGAGCUUCUCUCGGGUAAGAGGCCCAUAAACACUCGAGAUUUCGGAGAUGACAACAACCUGGUGGGCUGGGCUAAGCUGCUGCACAAGGGCAAUAGAAGUCAUGAGAUAUUUGAUCCCCAACUCAUGAGUGAUUUGUCUGGUGAAUGCGAUCAGCUCUAUCAGUAUCUUGAGAUUGCGCUCGAAUGCCUAGAGGAGAAGCCAUAUCAAAGGCCAACCAUGAUACAAGUUAUGGCCAUGUUUAAAGCAUCAUCUUCGCAUGAUGAUUCAGAGAGUGAUAUUCUUGAUGACGUCUCAGUCUUGAUCGAUGAGUCACCCGAAGGUGAACCAUAAUCUGCCAUGGUUCACCGGCUAUGAGCUUUGAUCUGUUGCAGAUUCUUGCCCAGUGGAUGGCUCAAAAUGUCGAUCAGAUCAUAGAACUAGUUUUUUUCCCUUUUGGCUGUUGGCCUGUUAAUCUGUUAUAUGUAAUUUGUAAAUAUUAGGUGAUAUGUUCUCAGAUGAAAGUCAUAAGGCUUGCUUUGCAAAAGUAUUCUGAGUUGAGUUAAUUUUUCAUGUGAGUCAAUUUUGAUUGGUUAUUCCGGUGUAAUGUUGGGACCCCUUUUUUUAGAAAAAUAAGAGAGAACAUCUCAAAUAUUCAAUUUAACUUCAUUAGUUGCAGACGGCUUUGUCCUAAUGCAAACAUUAAAAAGACAUUUGAAGUAUAACGUUUAAAACGCAAAGUGAAGUUGGUG